AGUCCCUUCGAUACCCUUUUCAAAAACAAAUCCAAUUUCAAACUUUUUGAAAACCACACUUCAUCCCGCUCUCUCUCUCUCUCUCUCUCGUCAGAACGCCCAAAUCUGAGAGAGGUAACAGUCAUUUCUAGGGUUUCAAGUUCAACCAAAGUCUAAACCAUCGCAUCUUCGAUUCUCAAUUUUUCCUUCGAAAUCAGUGUAUGCUCGCUCAAAAGGAAGUUUUGAAUUUGAUAGAGAAAAAUGUCGGCUCGGCAUGAGAAGGAGAAAGGAGUAAAUGUUCAAGUUCUUCUUCGGUGCAGGCCAUUUAGUGAUGAUGAAUUACGGAAUAAUGCACCGCAAGUCGUGACAUGCAAUGAGCAUAUGAGAGAAGUUUCUGUUUCUCAAAAUAUUGCUGGGAAACAGAUUGAUAGGGUUUUUACUUUUGAUAAGGUUUUUGGUCCUACAGCGCAGCAAAGGGAGUUGUAUGAUCAAGCUGUUGUUCCUAUCGUAAAUGAAGUACUGGAAGGAUUCAAUUGCACAAUAUUUGCCUAUGGGCAAACUGGUACAGGAAAAACAUUCACGAUGGAAGGUGAAUGUAGAAAAUCCAAGAGUGGGCCUAGGGGACAGUUGCCUUCUGAAGCAGGUGUCAUUCCUAGAGCCGUCAAACAAAUAUUUGACACCUUAGAGGGCCAAAAUGCGGAGUACAGCGUUAAAGUCACUUUUUUGGAGUUGUAUAAUGAAGAAAUCACAGAUUUACUUACUCCGGAAGAAUUGACGAAAGUUACUUUGGAGGAGAAGCAGAAAAAGCAAUUGGCUUUAAUGGAGGAUGGAAAAGGUGGUGUUCUCGUACGAGGCCUGGAGGAGGAAAUAGUAACAAGUGCAAAUGAGAUAUUUACUUUGCUUGAAAGGGGGUCGGCAAAACGUAGAACUGCAGAGACUUUGUUAAACAAACAAUCUAGCCGGUCCCAUUCGUUGUUCUCCAUUACAAUCCACAUAAAAGAGUCUACUCCAGAAGGUGAAGAGCUUAUCAAAUGUGGGAAGCUUAAUUUGGUAGAUUUAGCCGGGUCAGAGAACAUUUCACGAUCUGGUGCGAGAGAGGGUCGUGCAAGAGAAGCCGGCGAGAUUAACAAAAGUCUACUUACUUUGGGCCGUGUCAUAAGUGCGUUAGUAGAACAUCUCGGACAUGUUCCCUACAGAGAUAGCAAGCUUACUCGGUUACUCCGAGAUUCAUUGGGUGGAAGAACCAAAACGUGCAUUAUAGCUACAGUGUCUCCAGCUGUUCACUGCCUUGAAGAAACCUUAAGUACUUUGGAUUAUGCUCAUAGGGCAAAGAAUAUCAGAAAUAAGCCAGAGGUCAACCAAAAGAUGACUAAACAAACUCUUAUCAAGGACCUUUAUGGAGAAAUUGAUCGACUUAAAGCAGAGGUAUAUGCUGCACGUGAGAAGAAUGGAGUUUACGUCCCAAAGGACCGUUACUACAAAGAGGAGACCGAAAGGAAGGCAAUGGCUGAUCAGAUUGAGCAGAUGGGAAUCACACUUGAAACACAUCAGAAACAAAUGGAAGAGUUGCAAGAAAAGUAUGAUGGUCAGGUCCAGCAGUCUUCUGAUCUAAGCUGUAAACUUGAAGUUUCAGAGGAUAAUUUGAAUGAAACCAGCAAUUUACUGGUUAACACGAAGGAAGAACUGAAGAAAUCUCAGUAUGCUUUGAAGGAAAGAGAUUACAUUAUAGCUGAACAGAGAAAAGCAGAAAAUGCUUUGACUCAUCAGGCAUGUCUUCUGCGGUCUGACUUGGAGAAAGCACUCAAGGAUAAUGCCUUGUUAUUCUCAAAAUUAGUUAGAGAAGACAAGCUAAAUGCUAAAAACAGGCUAGUGGUCAACAACUUUCAGGCAGAUCUUACAUCAAAGAUUGGUUCGCUUUGUAACACAGUCACUACGUCUAUGUCUCAACAAGAUGAACAUCUUCAAUGUGUUGAGAGACUAUGCACUACGUUCUUGGAUUUCCAUGAGAAGUCCGUAUCAGCUCUAAGAGAGAAAGUUGAGACUUCAAGGGCUACUUACAUUUCUCAUGUAGAAGCUGUACAAAAUGUGGUACGCUUGCAUGUGGCUGGUAGUAAUGCUGGUUUGGAGGAGAUUACUUCCUUGUCAUCUGCCAAUGCCAGUUCCAUAAAACAAUUUCUUAGUGCAGAAUCCAAAGAAGCGAAUUCUAUAUUUGGUGAUCUUCAAAGUGUUAUUUCAAGUCACCAGGGAGAGAUGGCUCUUUUUGCAAAGGAAUUGCGCGAGAGAUUCCAUGCCAGCAUUGACCGAACAAAUGAGACAUCAACUUUCAUUCUUGGGCUUCUCAAUAAGCUUGGAGAAGAAUCACACAGGCUAGAAACCCAUGAGAAGCAAUUUCAUAAUCUUCAGGAGAACAGCAUAGCUGAAUUUCAGAAAGUUUAUGAGGAACAAUCGAAGUUGGAAGCCCAGAAGCUUGUGGCUGAUAUGACCAGCUUAGUUUCGGAACACAUACGCCGUCAAAAGGAGCUUGUUGAUGGGAGACUUGUUGGUUUGAGAGGUAGUACUGUUGAAAAUAAGGCAUAUGUGGAUGAAUACACCUCGUCAAUGGCGGGAAUCACCAAGGAUGCCAAAAGAAAAUGGGAGGAGUUCUCCAAGCAAGCAGAGAAUGAUGCCAAGGAUGGUGCUGAUUUUACUGCUGCAAAACAUUGUCGCAUGGAGUUACUUCAUCAACAAAGUACUAGCACUGUCGAAGCUGCUUCUAAGCACCAUAAGCAGAUGCUUGAUUCUGUGAACGAGAUGGGCGGUAAACAUGUUUCAGCAGUUGAGUUAUAUAUCAGAAAUGCCGCUGAGAGUAAUAAUCAACAUGCUGUUGAGAUUGAUUCUGCACGAACUGCGGCAGAAGAAGUUGUUAAACAGAACAGUGAAGAUAUUCUUCGGCAUUUUGAAAGCACGUCAGAACAAGAGAAACAGUCGAUUGCCGGAAUCAGGGCAGUUGUUGAUUCCUCAGCUGAUACUCUCCAAAAGUUCAGAAGUGAUCAUUCAGGCAAGGCUACAGAGAUUGACGGACAAGCUCAGAAUAUUCAGCAUCAGUACCUGGAUUAUGAACCAAGUGGGACAACUCCAACGAAAUCCGAAGUCGAAGUACCGAGCAAGGUCAAGAUUGAGGAACUAAGAGCGAUGCCAAUGGAAUCUCUGGUUGAAGAUUACAGGGAAAAGCACCUAUACGAAGCUUUGUCAUCAUCACCAUCAACUGAACAAAAACUCUCUUCUGCUGAUCAAAUAAUGCCACGGUCACCUCUCACUCAAUUAAACUGAUGUUAACACAUCUCCAGCUGGUGUGGUGAUCUUGGUCCCCCAUUUGUAUGUUCUCCUGUAAGCAAGCUUUUGUUAUUAUUAGUAUUGUAUUUCGUUUGGGAUCAGUUAGUUGAAAAAAAAGGAAAAAAAGAAAGAAAUCAGGAGCGUAUGUUUUGUCUGAGUUGAUCUAGGUCCACAAUAUAUAUAUAAGUCAAGCGAGAAAUAACAAAUCCCACCUUGGGAUUUCACCAGUUUGUUUUUUUGCUUUUACAUUUCCAUUGUUGUAAAUGUAAAAAAGAGCCUUCCUCUGAUAAAUUUCCUUUUUGAAGUGCCA